UUGCAAAAUUAAACCCCACCGCGAAAGAUCGUUUGUCAAGUCCUCUAGCUCGCUGCAAAAAAUAUGUCCGCUUGAGUGGAAAACCAACCAUAUCACCCAACUAAAAGCUCACGAAAGUCAUACUUUGCGGCCCCAAAAUGGCACCCGAAUCAUAACUGCAAUACUCCAGGGAUCCAUCUACGAGUCAAAGGCCUUUUGAAGGAGAUCGGGUACAAAUUCGAAAAAUCUGGGCCCUUUGAAGUGACUCGAGUAGUUCAACCUUUGUGGAUUGCUGUUGGUUCGUACCUAUGAGAUCGCUGAGAGUUUAAGCUGUAUUUCCUUCACUUUUUUGUGGCGAUCUUCCCCAAUGUCUAAUCCUGGAACUACACUGACUAGUGUGUGGAUCGAAGGUCAGCCGAGCCCUGUAAAGGGUACCCCUUCAUCGCCGACAAAACGGGUAGUUGGACGAGACGGACAUGCAGUGCCAGAAGGCUACAUAAAGUUUUAUAAUUCAGGGAUCGAUUCGUUAGUAAUGGGGGCUGGGAUGAUUGACAAUAAUGGACAGAUAGAACACACUAAAAAUUCUUCGAUCACCUUAUCCAAGGCUCAAGCAACAACCACAUUUCCUUCAUCAACAUCAAUGCCUUCUGGAACACCUACAAAAAUGUCACCUCUCAUCCUCCCCAAAACCAGUAAUGCUACGCCUGGUUCUCCUAUGGUCCUUGGAUCACCACAGGGUCAACAGGUUAUUUCUGUCGGCGGUAGCCCACGAACACCUGCAACAAUGAUAGCAGCACCAAUCAUACCCUCACCUUCAAAUACAUGGCCAAGGGGCACCCCUGGAAGUGGACGUAAGAGAAGAGGAGAAUUUGGAGAAAAUGAUAUCAUGGAUAGUGCAGAAAGGCGUAAAAGGGGUAAGCGAUUACCAAGUGCUGGCAGAGGUCCUGUUGGUGAUAAGUCAGGGAAAGGACUUCGGCAUUUCUCCAUGAAAGUUUGUGAAAAAGUACAGCAGAAAGGAACCACAUCUUAUAAUGAGGUUGCAGAUGAACUUGUUCGUGAAUUUAGUGACCCAGAAAAGCAUUUGUCUCCUACUGAUCAGGCAUAUGACCAGAAAAACAUCAGAAGAAGAGUUUAUGAUGCUUUGAAUGUUCUCAUGGCGAUGAACAUUAUUUCUAAAGAAAAGAAAGAAAUACGAUGGAUAGGAUUACCAACCAACUCGGCACAGGAGUGUCAGCAAUUAGAGGAGGAGAAAAAGGAUAGACAAGACAGAAUACGGCAAAAGACAGCCCAACUUCAAGAACUUAUUUUACAGCAAAUAGCAUUCAAGAACUUAGUACAAAGAAACAGAGUUAAUGAAAAACAGCAAGGAGCUCCUGCACAGAACACAACAAUUCAUCUGCCAUUUAUUAUUGUCAAUACCAGCAAAAAGACAGUCAUUGACUGCAGUAUAUCAAAUGACAAAUUUGAAUACCUGUUCAACUUUGACAACACAUUUGAAAUCCAUGAUGAUAUAGAAGUAUUGAAGCGAAUGAACAUGGCAUUUGGAUUGGAAAAGAAGCUAUGCUCAGAGGAUAAUCUGAACCGCUCCAGAACAAUGGUACCUAAAGCACUGGAACCUUAUGUCAUUGAUAUGGCUAAAUCAGGACCAGUAGGGCUCAGCUCUAACAGUAUCAGUCCAACUUCAGUCUCGUCCAACUCUGGAAAGUCACCGUUAGUGGCGGCACCAGCACGCAUGUCUCCUUUACCCAUCACAAACACUCCUUCUUCGCCACUUGCGACUCCCCUUCCACAAGGGACGUCACCAUUAGCCAUGGCAAAUAAUUGCAAAGGUACAGCCAGGUCAUCAAGAACCUCUUCCAUGGCAAGUGAUGGAGUCACAUCACACCGGACGGUCUCCCCUUGUUCUUAUCCUUCUUCUCCUGCUUCUGUUUCGGAGGCUGAUUCAGAAUCAUCACAAGAUGGGUUUACAGACACUGACGGUCAGAAUUCCAACCAAUAGGAUAAUUGGUUCAAAAUUUCCAGGUCUUUUUGUUGCUUUGUUAGCAGAUUCCUCUCUUCAUUCUCCACCCAGGGUUGUUUGAAUCCAAAAUGCCUGUAGAAUAAUGUUCACAUGGUUAAAGAAAAAAAUUCUUUCUUUUGUAUAAUAAUUUUCAAUAACCAACGAGAAUUGUUCCUUUUGGCACAUUUUUUCAUACCAUCAAUUUUACAUAGCUCUGUAGUUAGAUGAAGGUAGUGAUUGGUUAGAUUAGAACAGUUAUUGGUAAUGAUAAUAUAAUAAUAUUGUAAUAUUGCUAGCUAAGCUUUAAAGAUUUUGGAAUGUGUCUGGUUGAACUUUGACAAAACAAAUGCUGUGCAUAUUUACAGUGCUGUCAAACGACGACCAUGACAACAAAAUUUAGUCCCCGAGGACUCAACCAUAUAUGGAACUAAAACUGUCAUUUUAUUUUGUGUUUAUGGUGCCAUUAUUCUGUAAAAUAGCUGGGUUAUUUGAUUUUUAAACGGAUUAUCUCUUUUUACUUAUGCAUAUUGACAAGGCAUCAUAAAUUAGGAAUAUAGAAGCCGUAGGAUAAUGGCCCAGCAUCAAGACAACUUUGUGUGAAACCUGUUGUCAUUUUAUUACAGAAUGUAAUGUCUGUGUCCAUAGUAGCUUUCAUUUAUUUUUAUGGUUUUCAAUUAACAUUGUGAGGAUCAAUUCCAUCCAAAAUCAUCAAGAAAUUCAAGAAGUAUGUAAUACAUCCAAAAUUAGUUACUCUGUCAACGAUAAAACCUGUUUUAUAGGUUCAGUGAUGUGCAGGAUAACAUUCCAUUUCAAGUCAAGGUGAUGAUUUUUUUGCCUUAUUUAGUUGAAGCACACACCUGUUGUUGUAGGGAUUAUAAUUCAUGACAUUUACAACACCAGUUAGUUGUUUAGGGUGGAUGUAAUCAAGUUAUAUUAUCAUGUGAACAAAAUCAUGACAACUUGUAAGUCAAUAUGAAAAAUCUAUUUAAAAAAAGAAUAAAAACAACAAAUACAUGUUUCCUA